UGUCCAUGUCAAAAUUCCAGAAUCAUUUCUGUUAUCUUUGUGGCGCCCUUGAACGGAAAGAGCAGAAAGCUGCUCACUCGUAUUCUUCUAACUCGACCACCGGAAAAGAGAGCAGCAGAGACAAAAAAAUGGAGGCUAUUCUAAAGAGUUCAUUUGGUUUCUCGGCGUUCAGGCCGUAUCAGAAAGAAGUCAUUCAGGACAUUCUUCAAGGGAAGGAUUGCUUGGUGGUUAUGGCUACUGGAAGUGGCAAGUCCUUAUGUUAUCAGGUACCGCCUUUGGUUGUUGGAAAGACUGGCAUAGUUGUUAGCCCUCUUAUAUCACUAAUGCAAGAUCAGGUAAUGGCUUUAAAACAAAGAGGCAUCAUGUCUGAGUACCUUGGCAGUACUCAGACUGAUUCCACUGUUCAAGCCAAGGCGGAGAAUGGUCAAUAUAAUAUUUUGUUCAUGACACCAGAGAAGGCAUGCUCUGUUCCUAUCAGACAAAAGUAA